AUGCCACAAAACCAAGAUCUAACCAGAAGAACCAGUGGACGCAGCACUCAAGGAAUUCCGCCAGCCCGAUAUAACCCUGACACUUACGAUAUGUCUGUCGUUCGCUCACCAACAGGAGAUACGCCUACCAGCAGCCACCAAAAACAGCAACAAAUGCCAGCUGCAGCCGCAGCCGUCAAUACACCGCCCGCCAAUACUUCUAAAUCUUCUUCUUCUUCUUCUCAGUUACAGCUCCAAAAACCGCCUUCAAAUACACCAGCCAAAACACCAAAUCCUGCAAAUGAAUUAGCCGAGAUGAGAAAACUUAUGAAAUUUGAAAUGGAACAGAUGCAACGUCAGAUGAAAGCAAUGCAAGACGAAUUUUUAGCAGCACAAGCAAAAAUGCAAGCACAACUAUUAAAUACGUCACAGCAGUUUGCUUCUUUGCAAAACACAAUGUCGCAGCAAGCAUUGCCUACACUGACGUCACAACCACCAAUUUUCUCAAAUCAAACGACACAACAACCGCCAUUGAAUACGCCGCAACAGCCACAAAGGAAUCUGCCACCACAGCCGCCAUUGAAUCUGCCACCACAGCCGCCAUUGAGUCUGCCGCCACAGCCGCCAUUGAAUCUGCCAUUACAUUCAGUAGUUUUGCCACCACAAACAGUACCGCCAACAACAAGUCAACAGUUGCAGACUCAAGUGCAUCAACUGCCGCCAUUGUCUAUCAACACAGAUGAGUCUUUUCCAAAUUCACUUUCAAAUAACUCCAACGGAAAUGCACAUAAAAAAAUUUAUCCCUUGCCUAUUUUUUCAGGUCUUCCAGAGGAGUGGCAGGCAUUUUUCGAAGCCUACGAGAGCACCACAACCGAAUUUGGUUACUCCAAUCUCCAUAACAUCAUGCGUUUGAGAGACGCAUUGAAGGGCCGAGCAAGGGAAACAGUGGAAUCCAUGUUGGGGAGUUCUGCCAACGUCAGCGCCAUUUUGGAAAUUCUGCAGGAAACAUUUGGUCGACCAGAGCAACUUAUCCGAAGCCAAGUAGAAAAAGUCCGAGCCAUUCCACCGCUGGCAGAUGAUAAUUUGGAUGCACUUGUCAACUUUGCCAACAAACUCUCCAAUAUGGCCACUUUCCUAAAAAACGCCAAGGGUGAACACCAUCUAUCCAAUCCAUCGUUGCUGAGUGAGCUAGUGUCCAAACUGCCGAUAAACCGCCAAAUGCAAUGGGCCGAAAAAUGUCUGCAACUCCAGCACCCCGCCACUAUAGUUGAUUUCAGCGAUUGGUUGGGAAUAUUACGCCGUCUCGCACAUAUGGUCCACGACACACAGCCAAUUUCAGCAACCUCGUCCAAUCGCCGACACACACAAACACAACAAAAAAAAUACGCAUAUGUCGCUGUCAGUUCGAGCUGUCCAAUUUGUCAGGGAGAGUGCAACAAUAUAAAAAUCUGUCCACACUUUUUAAAAAUGACCAUCGAUGACCGAUGGAAUAAAAUUAAACAAAUUAAAACUUGUUUUUGUUGCUUAAAGAGAGGCCACCAACUUAAAAAUUGCCACUAUAAGCGUCGUUGUGGCAUAAAUGAUUGCCAAAAAUCACACCACCAAUUGUUGCACAAAACACUCGCGACGCCAUCCCAGGAACCGAACCGAACAUUACCCACACACGAUUUGGAGCCACGAACGAACACCCCAUCUCUUCCCGACGCACCGCCGUCUCAAACACAACGAAUAAAUUGUCAUGCCGCCCACUACACCGAAAACGUACUGUUCCAGAUUUUGCCCGUGACGCUAUACGGAACACACAAACAAAUAACGACGUACGCGUUCAUUGACGACGGCGCCAAUGUGUCCAUGCUGGACGAGGACGUUGCUCGCGAACUCGGAGUACACGGGAAACCGGAGAUUUUAAAAAUUCAGUGGCUUAAUAACCAACAGAUAAACGAAAAAACAGAAAAAAUUAAUUUGACAAUUAGUGGUGUCGGUGAGUACAACAACAAGUACCCGAUAACCAAUGUUUACAUUUCGUCCAAUCUGUCAUUGCCAAUACAGAGUUGCCAUCUGGCUCAUUUAAUUAAAUCCCGUGAAAUCGACCAAAUCGCCGAAAUCCCAUUCCGGGAUUAUUCGAAUAUUCAACCUAAACUAAUAUUAAGCUUGCAACAUUCAUUUUUAACAGUUCCCUUGGAAGCUCCUCGUAUGAUGACCGAUGUUGGACCAAUCAUUACCCUAACGAGAUUAGGCGCCGUAAUUUAUGGACCGAUCCCAGGCGAGAAGAGUUCCAAUCUUAAGCGGGCUUUACACGUUAGGAAAUGUUUCGAGGAAGAAAAUUGUGACUUGCUUAAGGAAAUGCAUACCAUGAUGCGGCAAUAUUUCGACGUGGAGACAUUGGGUACCAAGGUAAAUGUGACACCAAUUCUGUCCAUAGAUGAUGAACGAGCGUUAAAAAUAUUGAGAGAAAACGCGAAAAGAAUCGAUGGGCGAUAUCAGUGUCCGCUUUUGUGGAAAGAACAUUUUUCUCCAAUUCCAGAAUCGUACAAUUUGUCGUACAACCGAUUGCAGUGUGUGGAACGAAAAAUGGCAAAGGACAGUGUAUAUGCAGCUCAAUAUUGCAAAAAGAUAAGAGACUACGAGGAAAAAGGAUAUUGCCGUAAACUUUCAGUAGCAGAACGAGAAAGAAGGAGCGACCGAACGUUUUAUUUGCCACAUUUUGGCGUUAAAAAUCCCAACAAAGAUGGAAUUCGUAUCGUCUUCGAUGCUGCUGCUGAAGUUCAACAAUUUUCAUUAAAUAAAGCCUUAUUACCUGGACCUGACAUAAAUAACUCUUUAAUCUCUAUUCUUUUUAAAUUCAGGGAAUUUCCUGUAGCCGUGUGCGGAGAUAUACAAGAGAUGUUCCACCAAAUUGUAAUCGCCAAAGAAGAUCAGGACAGUCAGCGAUUUCUAUGGAGAAUUGGGGAUCCCAGUCAACCCUUAGAAACUUAUGUAAUGGAACGGAUGAUUUUUGGAGCCACUUGUUCGCCCACCAUAGCCCAAUAUGUAAAAAACCUAAAUGCCCGAAGGUUUAUAAAUGAGUCGCCAAGAGCAGUACAAGGAAUCAUCGAUCGUCAUUACGUAGACGAUUACGUCGACUGUUUCCAGACUGAAGGUGAGGCAGUUGAAGUGGUACGUUAUGUCAUAAAAAUUCACAAAGAGGGUGGAUUUAAUCUCCGCAACAUCAAGUCUAAUUCCCUUGUUUUACAACGUAUGUUUGGCAAACCUAUUUCUGAUGAAAGUGAUGGCAACUCAAUUUUUGAUGAUGGAAUGGAACGGGUACUCGGUAUUCAUUGGCUGCCAAAAUCAGAUGUUUUUUGUUUUGAAUUAAAAUUACACAAAGUGGAUGAAAAGAUAUUGAAAUUGCAAAAAGUGCCAACGAAACGCGAAAUGUUGUCUUUAAAUAUGUCCGUAUUCGAUCCAUUCGGGUUUCUUGGUGAUUUUAUGGUGACGUCGAAGAUAAUUAUGCAAAAUGUGUGGAAAAGUGGUAUAAAGUGGGACGAGGAGUUGCCGUCCGCGAUUUAUAGCCGCUGGAAGACCUGGCUGGAGGAAUUGCCUAAAUUAAAGGAUUUCAAAGUUCCGAGGUGUUACAGUAAUGGAUUUUUUAAUGGUAUAGUAGAUUUGCAUGUGUUUGUGGAUGCCAGUGAAGAUGCAAUGGCUGCUGUGGCAUACUGGCGUAUAGUAACAAAUUGUGGUGUAAGUGUUGUGUUCGUUAUGGGCAAGACGAGCUGUGCCCCAACAAGAUACCAUACUAUACCUAAGCUUGAGUUGCAAGCAGCAGUAAUUGGAGUGCGAAUGAAGGAAAAAAUUUUGGAAAAUCAUUUGAAGAAUAUUAAUAACAUUUAUUUUUGGUCAGAUUCCUCAACAGUGAUAAGUUGGAUCCGUUCAGAACACCGUACAUACAAACAAUAUGUGGCAAAUAGAGUGUCGGAGAUUCUGGAAAGCAGCCGUAUGGAGCAGUGGCGGUGGUGUCCAGGAGCGGAAAACCCAGCUGACGAAGGGACCCGUGCUAAAGGACCCAAGAAGUACCAGCCAGAAGGACGUUGGAAAAAUGGGCCAGAAUUCCUGAGAAAAGAAGAGAAGUAUUGGCCGGACGAGGAACAAAUUGGAACAUGUGUGGAUCACAGCAAAACAGAGCUAAGAAACAAAUACAAAGUUUUGGUGGCUUGCCAGGUAUGUUUUUGUAUUCCAGAUAUUAAUAGAUUUUCAAAAUAUCGUAGGCUGAAACGGGCAAUGGCGUGGACAUUCCGAUUCGUUGAAAAUAUGAAGAGGAAAUCAGUGGUGUCGGGUGAUUUGACGGUGGAAGAAGAAGCACGGGCAGAAAUGUAUCUCUGUCGCUGCGUACAGCAAGAAGUAUAUGGGGAUGAAAUUCUUGACAUACAGAGAACUGGAUCAGUGUCUGCCAACAGCUCCCUAAAGUCUUUAAAUCCACAAAUUGGAAGUGAUGGUUUGCUUCGGGUAUCUGGAAGAAUAGAAAAUGCUGUUUUUUUGUCCCUGGAUACCAGACGACCAAUAAUUCUACACAAAGGUCAUCGUUUUACACUUUUGCUGGUGGAAUUUUACCAUUCUCGUUUUUGUCACAUAAAUGUUGCCACUACAAUGAGCGAAAUUCGUCUGCGAUUUUGGAUUCCGUCACUUCGUCAACUUCUAAGAAGCGUUCAGUCCCGAUGUCUUGUCUGCAAGAUUCGUAAGGCCAAACCAAUUCAACCACAAAUGGCCCCGUUACCCUUGGAACGUGUCACACCUUAUGUCAGAGCCUUUACCUACACAGGACUUGACUAUUUUGGUCCUGUAACAGUGUCAAUCCGGAGACAACGAGAAAAGAGGUGGGUGGCACUGUUUACAUGCAUUACAGUUCGCGCUGUCCACUUGGAAAUUGCAACAGACCUGUCGAGUGAUUCCUGCCUAAUGUGUAUUCGGAACAUCAUCAAUCGAAGAGGCGUCCCAGAGAUGAUAAGAAGCGACAAUGGGACGAAUUUCGUUGGCAUAGCAAAGGAGCUGCAAGGUAUAACCAAUUUUUUAGACACUAAUUCUGUUUCUUCUGGUCUGACAGCUCUUGGAAUAAAAUGGGUCUACAAUACGCCAGUGAAUCCCAGCGAAGGCGGAGUAUGGGAGCGUCUUGUCCAAUCUGUUAAGAAGGCUCUUUACAUCAUGCUAAAGGAGCAAGCCCCAAAACUGGAGACUCUACAAGCGUUCCUGAUUGAAGCGGAGAAUAUGGUCAACAGCAGGCCACUUACACAUUUGCCAGUUACUCCAGAGGACCCAGAUCCAUUGACUCCAAACCACUUUCUGCUUGGAUGUACCAAUUCAACCCAGACUCCAGCACCGUUUGAGCCUAGACUGAUGUGUUUAAGGAAGCAGUGGCGCGUCACCCAAAAUUUGAAGAAUGGCAUGUGGCAUCAGUGGCUUCGGGAAUAUCUUCCAGAAUUAACUCGAAGAACAAAAUGGUGUCUUCCUUCUCGGUCGUUGGAUGUUGGUUGCCUUGUGUUUGUUUGUGAUCCAGAGAUGGCUCGGAGUCAAUGGAGACGUGGACGAGUCAUCGAAGUAUUCAGGGGCAAAGACGGAGUGGCACGAUCAGCCAAGGUGAGAACGAGUGCCGGUGUAUACCACAGACCUGUGUCCAAACUUGCCAUUUUGGACGUGGAAGCGGCUGGAGACGGAGUUGGUGAAGCCUCCCCCUCUGGGUCAGUUCACGGGGGUGGGGAUGUUGGAGAUGGUAACCCUGCAAUUACCAAAGCUAAAAAAGUGUAGCCAAAUUUGAAAUACCACUGUUAUAAAUGGCCGAAAUAUCCCAAGCGAAGAGGGAGACGAAACUAAAUUUAAGCCAACAUCUUCAUUUUGUUUAUUUUUGUUGUUUUGCUUAAUGUCACUUUUUAUAUAAAUAGGCCUUUAUGGCCAUUGUUUAUUCCCUUUUUUGUUAGAACCCAAAAAUAAAGAAUAAACAACGACAACUAAACUCACUAUUUGUAAACAAACAAACCAAAUAAACGCAGCUUUUUAUUUUGCCGAAA